AUGACGCCCGCCCCGCCAAUACGUCGUGUCCGGUUGCGCCGUAAAGAAAUUCGAACAACAUCCAACGCCGGCAAACGGCCCCCGUUCCCCGAAAAUGAUCUAAGCCACCCUCGCGAUUUUCUUUCAUCCCUCCCCCGGAGGGGUCAAGUCACCCUUAAGAUCGAUGGUGGGGCGAUCCGACUUUGCGAUAAGGGUGAAAGGCCCCGUCCC